UCAACUUUCCUUAAUAAUAUAAUUUAGUCAACGAUGUUAGUCAAAGUGUGCCACGCUGGCCUUUUACAAAGAGGGAGUGGCGAUGAACCACCACCACUGUCACCACAUCACCACCAAAAGAAGGCGUCCAAAAUCAUUCACACCCUAGUAAAUUGGUUGCAUGGUGAUGGUUCUUCCCCCUCUUAUGAAACCAUGGACGAUCACCAAGAACACCACGGCACUGCUUGUCACCGCGAGAAGAUCAAGGGCGGCAGCGUCCCCGUCUACGUUGGCCAUGGCAACCCGGAGCGCUUCCUCGUCAAGCUCAAGCUCAUCAAUCACCCCCUGUUUCGAAAGCUCCUGGAGCUGACCGAGGAAGAGCUGGGCUUUUGCGACAACUGCCGCCUCGUCGUUCCCUGCGACGCUCACGUCUUCCAGAGGGUUAUCGCUCGCAUCGAUGCCGAGGAGAGCGGGAGAAAGCUGCGCCCCGCCGAGGAGGAACUCCUCGGCCUCUUUGAUUCCAUCCCCGGUUCCUCGUAA